GUUGGUGCGAGGAGCGCCGCCAUCUUGGGGCGGCAGGGAGCGCUGGGGUAACUGGGCGGAUCGCCGGCUGGGGUCGGCGGCCUUGCCUCCUACUUCCCUCCGCGCUUGGCACGAUGCCGCAGUACCAGACCUGGGAGGAGUUCAGCCGCGCGGCCGAGAAGCUCUACCUCGCCGACCCGAUGAAGGUACGUGUGGUUCUCAAAUAUAGGCAUGCUGAUGGGAAUUUAUGCAUUAAAGUAACAGAUGACUCAGUUUGUUUGCUGUACAGAACAGAACAAGCUCAAGAUGUGAAGAAGAUCGAGAAAUUCCACAGUCAGCUAAUGCGCCUGAUGGUGGCCAAGGAGUCCCGGGCCGUCACCUCGGCGGAAACGGACUGAACGGUGGACGUGAAGACUGUCGUGUUUAGAGAGUAAAUGUCUUGAAUUUGAGGUGUGAAGAAGACAAGAGUUUAAUAACAACAUGCACAAAACCCAUGAGUUGAUCGAGAACCAGUCACUGUGUCCAGAAAUUGGAAGACAACAGAUCGCAGCACCGAGAUGUCACAGACGUUGAAAUUACCUGAAAAAGACAUUAAAGUAACUAUUUAAAAAGUGCUUCAACAGGUAAUUAUGAAUGCUUUUCAAAACAAUCUCAAUAAAGAAAUAAAUGGUACAAAAAUGAAUUAAGUGGAAAUUUUAGAACUAAAAAAAAAAAAACAAAAUUUAAAGCUCACUGAGUAGACUGUUAGAAUGAAUGAAGGAGAUAAACCAAAACCAUGAACAGAGCUUCAGAGCUCUGUUGGACGAUAACGGAAGAUCUAACAUUUGUGCCAUCAGUAUUUCAGGAAGGAGAAAAUACGGUGCUGACAAAAAGAUGAGGGCCCUGAGUUCAGUCCUCAGCACCGAAAAAAACAAAAGACUUAAAACAGCAUUUGAAGAAUUAUUUUGUGAGAACCUUCUGGGGUUGAAGAAGCUCUAAUUCAUGCCUAAAUAAUGGUAAUGAAGCAGGUGAAAAUUAGCCAUUUUGUGAGCAGCCAGAGGAAAACAACACACCACUUAUGGGAAGUAGUGAUUCUCAUCUGAAAUCACAGAAGCAGUCAUUCCUAAGACAACAAGAGAAGAGGAGCAUGAAGGGUAGUUACUUCCAUCAUCAUGUAAAAAGAGGCUCUGCAGCAAGUCCCUCCAGCAGAAGGGAAAUGACAAGGGGAAUUGAAACACUCCAGAAAAAGUAACAACAGAAACGAUAACCAUCUGGAUUAAAGCAGUAGACUUCUGGAGUUCCUAGCGUACAUUUAAUUCCUGAAUAAACGGAAUAGCUCAGUGGUAGAGCACUUCUGCAAGAAAACCAAAAACACUGACAUGAAUAACAAAGGCAAAAGGUAAAGGGAUGUGUUGUAAGUUUUCCACAUUUCACCUGAAGUGGUAAAAUUCUUCCCAGUAGACUGGAAUUCUGAGUAUGGAAAUAAAUUUUUUUAACCGUGGAGGCUGGGAACGUGGCUCAACUGGUAGAGCACAAGGCUCUGAGUUCAAACCCCAGCACACAUCAGCCCCAAC